GGGAGCUUCAAUGACGACUUAGAAACACCACUACCGCCCCCAUUUCUGCUGGGACUUUGAUGGGAGACCCUCUGGACGGAUGCAAUCCCCCAAGCGAUGCUCAUGUGCUGGCAAGCAAUUCUCAAGCUCAAUACUCGCCAGAAGAAACGGCGAAACAUGGAGAGGAAACGAUGACCCCCGACGGCGAGAACGACCCUACGACCACAUCGAAAGAUAAGAAGCUCAAUGGUUCCAAUAUAACUAUCACGACCGAGACACCAGAAGGAAAGCAAGCGCAAGUACAGGAAAAUGAGAAUGACAAUGAGGCCGAGAAUGAGAACCAGCCUGGGGAAGGCCAAACGGUGGUAGAAGAGGAGGAAGGCAAAGAGGAAGAGGAAAGGCCACCGCUCCCUCCCAGACCUCCACGAACAAGUGGAGAGAGCUCCCUCACCCCUUUUUCUCCUUCAAGCCGACCUGCUCUACAGUCGAGGCCGACAACUGCAGUUGCGUCGGUGGAAGUACAUACUCGCUCUUUUUCAGACGGCUUACGGGGAUUCUUUUCUAUCCCGGGUUAUCGGGCAAUUUCUGAAUCGCUUUCCAUAACAGGACUGUCUACAGGGCAAAGCACGCCUGCCGUGAGGAAAGCGAGUAUUAGUGAAAGUCUGAUCGAUGAUACCUCUAGCUUGUUGAGCCAUGCGCCGCAUUCAAAUAUGGAUGGUGAUCUCGCGGGUCUUUUGGCCGAUGGUAUGAAUGCGAAAAGUCCAGCUUGGAAAUUGCUCAGUACACAAGCCGAAAGUGGUAACCCUUUUGAGGGCAUUGACGACGACGAUACCUCCCUAGCCAACUUUGAACAUGAAUUUGACGAAAUCGAUGCGGUAGAUAGCAAGGGAGAAAAUGAAGGUAAGCAAGGGUGGGCAUAAAGGUUCAUGAGCUAAAACUCAACCAGAGCAACUCCUGGUGCAAUUCAAGGCAAAAUUCAAGCAUUACAUGAUACUUUCUUCAGCUGGAAAGCCCAUAUAUAGCAGACACGGGGACCAAAACCUAAUCAAUGGAUAUAUCGGCGUGAUACAGACCAUCAUUUCAUUCUAUGAAGAAGAAAAUGAUCACUUGUUGGGCUUCGUCGCUGGUGGGACACGAUUUGCCAUUAAAAUUGACGGGCCUCUCUAUUUUGUUGCCAUCAGCAAACUUGGUGAGAGUGACUCUCAGCUACGGGCUCAGCUGGAUGCUUUGUACAAGCAAAUCCUAUCGACCCUGACCCUACCGACAUUGACCCAGCUUUUCAGCAAUCGACCAAAUACAGAUCUCCGCAGGCCCUUGGAUGGAACAGAAACUCUCUUGUCAUCUCUGGCGGACACCUUUACCAAAGGGUCUCCAUCAGCGUUACUUUCUGCCUUAGAAUGCUUGAAGGUUCGAAAGUCUCAUAGAUACAUAAUCAAUAACACGCUACUGAAAACACGCACCAAGUCGCUACUCUAUGGCUUGAUAGUCGCUGGCGGGCGACUUGUCAGUGUUGUUAGGCCAAAACGGCACUCGUUGCAUCCGAGUGACCUUCAGCUGAUCUUCAACAUGCUCUUCGAGGCUGAAGGCAUCAAAGCUGGAGGUGGAGAAAAUUGGAUUCCAAUUUGUCUUCCAGCUUUCAACAAUAAAGGCUACCUUUAUAUGUAUGUAAGCUUCAUUGAUGCAAAUCAUGACGACGAGACUUCUGAUAAGCAGUCUACCACAACCAACGAUGACGAUGACCGAGAUGACGAGAUUGCCGUGAUUCUCAUCAGUACAAACAAGGAAAGUUUCUUUGAACUCAAGGAUAUGAGAGAUGAUCUCGUCAAACAAUUGAGAAAAAAUGGGAGUAUGGAAAUCAUCAAGACUGCUGUGAGUCAAGGACGCCCAAGUACAACAGAUAUUGUACCAGGUACUCCUCUGAAACAUUUUCUUUACAAAUCACGUGCCAAUGUACAAUUCACGAUGCCAUCAUUCUCACCAAAUUUCACUAGUACAAUCAAGAGAAGAAGGUAGGAGAAAUAUGCGUUUUUUCCUAACUUUUGGUGUCUAAGCAAGAACAGUAAACUAACCACAUUUUCCAACAGACUUAUGAGUUUAUACCAUGAACUCCAUGCAUCAACGCACGUAAAAUACUCCCCCGUCAAAGUUCUACACAACGUCAGUCGAGACAGCAGUGCUCUAGCUUGGAUCACAGCCGAUUUCGAAUUCUAUUGUGUAGCUGGACCCAAAGCCUCACGAGCUGCUCUCACUGAGGGGGCAGACAAAGUGAUCAAAUGGAUGAAGCGAGAAGAGGAGAGGGUUUUCAUUAUUGGCGGUGCAGUGUUCUAGGAUGAAGAGCGUUUCUUCAGCUUGAAGAAUGAUCCGACCGAGGAGGCAAUUGCCGAGAGAGCAGAAGGUUUCCCUGUCUUUGGUGAAGAAUUUCCUCCUGGAAUUUCGACGUUUGGUUUCGAGGGGGACUGGGAUGCCUGUAGAAAUAAAUGUCAGUCAUUAUUCUCAGUAAAAAAGAAUUUGACAAUCCAAUAUCGAUUAGGAAGCACUCACAUAUUCAAUAUGUUCCCCACGUCUCGGAAGCUCAAAACUACUCCUUGUAGAAUUCGACAUGCCUGCUGUCGCCAAUCUUGCAGCCGCCAACUGCUGCUCCGUGAGAACCUGAAUCGAAUCCCUAUAAGCAGUCUGGAUGGCAUAUCCAGGAACAUACUGAGAGGACAUCUUUGAAGGACCGUGGACGGAAUGCCUGGUAGAAGACUGUUGGACAGAACCUCUUGAUAGACCUUGCGUAGGUAACCUCGAGGGACUAUGAACGGAAUGCCGCGAAGAACUUCUAAGCGAACUCCUGGAAGGAGAAUGGUAGGAAUUCCUAGGACUCUGCGAAUGCACCGACCGUCCCGAGAAAUCCCUCAACGAGUGUCUCGACGGAGACUGAGAAUGCAGACGUCUCGAGAGCCCAUGAACCGAGUUCCUAGGCGAAUUCGGAGCAGAUCGUCGUGAAGGAUCCUCCGCCAAUCGGGAAACAGAUGGGACCACCAUGGAGUAUCUCGAGUACGGUGUUCUAUACUCAAAACUUUUCAUUCCAUCUUCUUCGUCGACCGCUCUCAUCGACCACCUCUUAUCAUUCCCAUUCCAUUUCAACACCCCCCUCUCAUUCUCAAACUUCUCCAGUGACUGCAUCGCCGCGCGUCCAUAAGCACCCACAUACCGCUGCGCACGAGGUAACUUCGGCCGUCCAUUAACCCUCGUAAUCUCCGUCUCCAUACGUCGUAACCCGCACCCGGGGGUGAUGUCCCCAUCACAACAGACCGUCUCGACUUUACACAAAUCCCGUUUUUCGUUCAUGACUCUGCUUGUUCUUGUUCGUCCCCUCCUAUCCAGUCUAUCCCUUUUCUCUACUUUCUCCUUCGUCUCGAAAUAACAAACCUGCUCUUUCCCCUCGUCUUCCUCGUCCUCCUCAACGAUCUCAACGGGCAAAACACUCGUCCGAUGCGUCUUCCUCUCGAACGUAGGUGUCGGAGGUGGCGGGAUGGUAACCUUGGAAUACCGUUUUGGAUGCGUGGUCGUGAGGUGGUGUGUUACGUGGGCCUCCCAGUCGCCGAAGUAAUCUGUUCUUGGGUUGUUGGUGGACUUUUUGGCCUUUUUGGGGGGUUUGGAUUUGUGGUUGAAGAGGUUGAUGAGCUGCAUUUUUUCGGUUUUAGUUUUGGUGAGUUUAUGUGUGUGUGUGUGUGUGUGUGUGUUUGUGUGGUUUUCCCAGUCUUCCUUGGUGCGUGUAGAAUGAGUAAUUGAUAUGUGAUUUAGUUCAGAUCUACCACAAUUAGUCAACAUCCCACAUUCUCUCAC